AUGUGGGUUACCUUCGCUCCUUGUCUUUAUAUCUUUGUUGAUUAUUACUUCCACCAUGUAAGCACUUUUACUAUCAAUGCUAUUCAUUCUCUCUCUUCUAUAUAUAUGUUACUAUACCCUCUUGUUGUGUAUUUUACUUUUGGUGUUUUUGAUGAUAUAUCAUUCAAAAAUGAUCAAGUUCCUUCUCAUUCUACUGUCCCUGGAAGUGGUCUUCGUCGGGGUAUCUUGAUUGGUGCUGUUCUAAAUGUGAUUGGAUCUGGUAUGCGUUGGUUUGGUGCAAUACCUUCACUCUACGGUUUUUUAUUCUUAUUUAUUGGACAAUCUAUUGCUGCUCUAGCUCAGGUGUUCAUGCUGGCUAUUCCUCCACAGCUGGCCGUAGCUUGGUUUCCGGAAUCCGAAAUCAAUGUGGCAACAUCGAUCGCAGUAUCUGCAAACAAUUUGGGCAUUGCGAUAGGCUGCCUAUGGUCUCCUUGGGCAAUCCAUCUCGACACUAUGUUGGAUGACAUACCUCAUUUAUUACUUUUACAAUUCAUCAUGUGUACUUUGGUUAUUCUUAUCAUUACAGUAGCAUUUCAAAAGCAACCUCCAUGUUAUACUCAGACAAGUGUGGACAUUUCAAAUUCAAAUGUUGAUUCUACUACUCAAAGACUUUUCAAGGAAAAGAAUUUUAUCCUUCUAUUACUUUCUUAUGGUGUUAUAUUUGGUGCUCAAUGUGCCAUUAUUACUUUGAUUGAUCAAAUCUUGCUUCCUCCUUUUACUGGAAUUAUUGUUGAAAACGAUGUUGGUAUUCUCUCUUGUGUGACCUUAUUUGUUGGUGUACUCGGUAGUAUCCUGGUUGGUCAUUAUCUGGACAACACCAAGAAAUAUCGUCUCGUGUGUGGUACAUUAUCUAUCUUGACCAGCUUCAGUAUGAUUGUAUUAUAUAUUUCUAUUGAAUGGAAAUCGUUUUGGGGUGUUGCAUUCUCAUGUAUUGGAUUUGGAGCAUCAUCCUACUCUAUAGCUCCUGCAAUCUUUCAAUACUGUGGAGAACUAUUCUAUCCUGUUAAUGAGAUCAUUCCUACUGGUUAUUUAUUCUUGAUCGGCAAUAUUGGGGGUGUUAUUUUAGUUGCAUUUAUGGGAUGGACUGAAAAUACGGAUAGUGAUUUCAAUAUGCGUUGGCCUAUGAUCUAUCUACUAAUAGCAGUGAUUAUUGGAAGUCUAGCUAUGAUUCGUGUGAAUGGUCCAUUGAAACGAUCUUUGACGACAAUAUUAGUAUAG